AUGAAAAUCGACGAGGACGAUAGCUCAAAAAUGGAUUACUCGCAGUAUCAAGGGCCACCCCCGACGAGUAAACGACUCGUCAUGGCGCAGUAUCAGCUGCCCCCGCAGAGAGCGAACAAGUGCCCAUGCCAACCUUCAGCCCCGAACACUGCCCUCGCUACGAGAGCGCCUUCAGUGCCGUUGGAAACGGUCCCUCUGUCGGCGUACUACCCCAGCCCCGACCUCGAGAAGUACCGGAGACCUGUCGAGUCCCCGAAGCUCAGCGAGUCACAGAACUCCCUCACGAACGCCUCUCAAGACAACGCCAACCGCAUGGGGAGUUCAAAUGGGCAUCCAACGUUCCUCAACUAUCUGCCCCCGCCCGCCUAUCACGCGACUCAGCAAUCCAGCGGCGGAGUUUCCAGCAUUCAUUACUUCGAUCUGUCGGAGACUUCGUCAGAAGCUUCGACGAGGAUCGCAUCGAGGAUGAGCUCGGACCACAACGUUACCCAGUCGACGGAGAACGACACCCAUCACCUCACGAAAGCCCCUUAUACCAUCACCAAGGGAAUGGUGCCCGUCAAGAAGGAUAGCCUUUAUCCGUCAUCCGGAAAAUCCGUCGAACCAACACGGCUCACACCGAUUCGGGCGGUUCUCUAUUCUUCUGCUCUGAUCGCUCUGUUCACAGCGUUGUGUGUGGUAUUGCUCGUCGUCUCGCAGUCGAUCCCGUCGCACUGGCAAGAGAACGGACUGCGAUCAGCGAACGAAUUUUCACCGUUCCUCGAGGAAGGCUCACUUUCGGUCGUACCUGCUCCGACUGAUCUAAUGGACAGAUCGCAGGUCAUUAUCGUCAACCGCCAUAAUCCGUCGACGUAUCAGCAGCAAGCACAACAACUAUCCGAUCUUCUGACAGUCGUGUCCGCCUACAACGCGACCCAAACCGACGCCGCGUUUCCUACUCAACUAGUCUCUGAAGAAUGUUCUGCCGCCGACAAUUUUGGAUAUCGGUCCGGCGAUCCGUGCAUCGCGGUAGUUUUCCGACCGAACCCGAACUUCAUUCCUGUCGCUACCAAAGAAGGAAUUCUGGAAUUGGAGUGCUUGUGCGAAAAUCGACACGUUCGGAUCGGUUAUUCGCCCUUCCGAGGCUUCCCGUUGCGCUUCUUCCCGCGAGGGCGGAACGCGUCCCCGCUUCUGGCCAUGUUGAAAUUCACCGAUUUGCCGUUCAAGACCGAACUCAGGAUAUCGUGCGGCCUCGCAGGAGCCUCGAACGUAGACCGUCGGAAAGAUAGAGUCAGCUUCCAGAUAAUGGUCAUCUAA